CUUUGUGUGUGGUCUUUCGCAUGUUUUCCAUCAACAACCUCCUCAGGAGUUUUAGAAAUCUGUUUAGAAGUGGAAGUCUUAGACGAAUAUAUUUGGGUCAAAGAUACUUCUUCAGCAUCAUUGUCAUUGUCAUCAUCCUCAACAUGAACCGAUGUACCCCUUGGUUUCUUCCUUAAAUAUUUUCGCAUCACCCUCAUAAGCUCUGUUGUCGUAUAAGGAGAUACAACUACAUAUUCAUAUUCAUCGUCUAAAUGUUGCUUCAAUCCGUUUGUGCUAAAACGAACACAUUCGCAUAUGAUAGUAUUGACAUUUGAUUAUGUUUUUGUUGUUCAUGUCAGGCUAAAAUCUAUGUCUCCAUCCCGAGUAAUUAGAUUUGGCCUUUAGGCCUGGAUUACUGGAUAUUACUAAAAAAAUAAGAUGAAAGACAAAAAGUAAUCACUUUAAAAUUUCAAAAAUGUGACCAACAUCACAAUUAAACCUUGCAGGGCAAGGUGACUCCGGUCAAAGUGACUCCGCCACCGCACUAGUGACUGCCCCACCGGCCCCGGUGAAUGCCCCACUGACCACUGCCGCCACAGUGACACGCCGUUCUCCAGCCACAGUGACACGCCGCUCUCCGGCCACAAUGAAUGCCGUCUCUGGUGUCCCCAGCCCCCUCCUCCCCUCCUGGCAUCCACUGAGCCCCGUUCCCAGCCUACCCUGCCUAACGCUGCCGCUCACAAUCACCGCGGACCGCCGUCGCGACCACCGCCCCAAACCCAGUCACCUCCCCAUCCCCCUCCCUUGCUCCCCAGCCACCUCCCCCAACCCCCUCCGAUCCCCUGCCACCUCCCCAACCCCCGGCCUGACCGCCAGCUCCCCCACCAGCCCUACCACAACAUUUCUAGCCCCGCCAUCACCCCAUAAGCCCUGCCACCAUCCCAACCUAAGCCUAGCCGCCGUCAACAUUCAGAUCUAGAUCUGAAAAUUCACGCCCCAUCUAAAAAUUUGGAUCUAGAUCUGAAUAAGGAGAAGAAGACGUAGAAGCUCUCGAUUUCAUAUGUAGACGGUGGAGAAGCUAGCUGAUUCACUUGCAGGCGGUCGGAGAAGGUGAACAAUGGCGGUUAAUUGCAACGGCAAAGAAGACAUGAGAAUGAAGAAGAAGAGUUGUGGUGGGGAGACGCGGCACAAGAGCGACGACGGCGAGAAGAGGCCUGGUCUGGAUCUUCUCCUGCAAUCCAUUGCAACAUACAAUUGGGUUGGGGAAGAAGAAAAGUCAAGUUUGCUACGGUUUAGGGUUGGUUUGAAACUGCUUUUAAAAAAGCACUUCUCAGCUUUUGGAUUUAAAAAAGCACUUAUUUUCUCAAACACUACAACUUUUAUUUUUCUCGGCUUCCGCGUCAAAAGUGCUUUUAUUUUUUCUAUUACACAAAAAGCACUUAUUUUACCAAACACUAUCCACUUUUACUUUUCAAAAUCACUUUUUUCUCAAACACCAUCAACUUUUAUUUAAUCACUUCUCCCCAUUUCAUUAAAAAAAG